UGGGACGUCCCCACCUCGCACCCACCAACAGGUUCAACUGCCCUGCACCCCGUGACUCUGUUUACCACCAGGAGUUAUUUAUAGGGCGCCUGGCUCUGGGAUUUGAUUCCACAUCCGUGCGUGGGGCACAGCCCUAUUUAUAACCCCCAGGAGCAGGCUCGCUGUCCCCAGAGCCCCCCCUGCCCUCCGGGGCUCCCAUGGCCCACGAGACGUUCGCCUUCAGCCCCUCGGCGCUGCGCUCGCUGCGGCUGCAGCGGGAGCUGCUGGAGCGGGACGAUCGCCGCCGGGCGCUGGCCCGGGACUCGGCCGAGCGCCGCCUCCUGCCCGGGACCCCCCGCUUGCCCCCGAGCCCCCCCCGGCGGCGCCAGUUCUGCCGCGACCCCGCCGUGCACAACGCCCUCUACGCCGGGGACCUGCGCCGUGUCCAGAGCAUCUUCAAGGACGAGGCCACCGCGAAUCUGGUGUUGGAGACGGUCAGCGAGGAGCUGGUGUGGUCACCGGAGCAGGGGCUGUGGGUGCUGAGCCCCCGCCGGCAGCACACCUCCGCCCUGCGCAUCGCCGCCUCCCGCGGCUACGAGGACUGCGCCCGGCACCUGCUGCUGCGGGGGGCGGCCGUGGACGCCGUGGUGGGGGGCCGGGCCCCCCUGCACGACAGCGCGGCCGCCCCCCACCCCAACUGCGCCCGUCUGCUCCUGGCCUUCGGCGCCGACCCCAACGUGCUGAGCGCCGACGGCUCGGCCCCGCUGCACCUCUGCACCGCGCCCCACAGCCUCAGGUGUGCGGAGCUGCUGCUGGCACACGGCGCGCAGGUGAACCUGGGCACCCGUGACCGGCAGGUGACAGCCCUGCACGUGGCGGCGCGCCAGGGGCUGGUGGCCCACGUGGAGCUGUACCUGCACCACGGCGCCGACCCCUCCCGGCGCACCCACCAGGGCGAGACCCCCCUGAACGCGGCGGCGGCGGCUGCCGAGCGCCCCGAGGAUGCCGAGCGCUUCCUGCGCGUGGCCGAGCGGCUGCUGGCGGCCGGUGCCGAGCCCGGGGCCGCGGGGCGCAAGGGCCACACGCCGCUGCACAACGCCUGUGCCAACGGGCACCCCGCGCUGGCCCGGCUGCUGCUGCGCCACGGCGCCGACGCCACCGUCCCCAACGGCGCCGGGGACACCCCCAUGGACUGCGCCCUGCGCGCCGUGCGCGAAUACCGCCAGCAGCGACCCGAGGAGACCCUGACCCUCCUGCUGGACCACGGCGCCCUCCCCGCGCACCCCAAGAUGCUCAGGCUGUGCUGCCAGCACCCGCCGGCGCUGGAGGUGAUGCUCAACGCCUACGACCGCGUGCCCCCCGCAGACGGCUGGGUGGAGGCUGUGCCCCCCGAGCUCUGGGAGGAGCACCAGGAGUUCUAUGCCUCGGCCGUGCGCAUGGCGGGACGGCCGCGGCGGCUGCAGCACCUGGCACGUGUGGCCAUCCGGCGUCACCUGGGUGCCCGCUGCCGCGCCGCUGUCCCCAGGCUGGCACUGCCACCCCCACUGCGCCGCUACCUCCAGCUGCCCAUCGAGGGUCUCAUCUCCUGAAGGCACUCCAUAUGUCCCCUCCA